AUGCUAAGCUAAAUCAUAAAUUAAAAUGACUCCUUUCAAUUAAAUCCAUCUAACCUUACCAAAAUCGAUAUUUUACAAAAAACAUUUUUGAGAAAACUUAAGUUUUUAAAACAACGAUUUAUUUAAUACCUUAGCAGUAAAAACUGUCAUUAAAUAAAUAAAUAAUCCAUCACUAUUGUAAAAUAUUGCGAGGAUUUUGUGAGGAAAUCCCUAAAUGUUAUUGUUCUUGUAUCUAGUAAUAUAUAAUUAGUAUUUUUUAAAAAGUAGGUAAUAAAAAUAGAAAAUCUCUGCUAUGCCAUGAUCUCUCCUUCCAAUCCUAAAAGAAAACAAAAACUAAAUGAAAGAAAUAAAAAAUUAAUAAAAAUAAAAUUUAAAAAAAUACAAAUAAAUUUAAAUUUCAAAUAAAUAAAAUAAAAAAACAAAUAAAUAAAUAAUAAUAAAAAAAUAAAUAAGAAAAAUAAAAAAUAAAUAAUUAAAAAUUGA